GCGACCAAUAGGAAACCAGGAAGUAUGAGCGCGGAUAAACGGAUUUGUUGUUGUUGUUGUUGAUUCUGUCUCGUUUAGCGACAAAGACUCGUUUCGUUGAAAAAGGUUUAAACUCCAACACGAUGAGUUUGUCUCUGAGAGCUGAGCUGCCGGUCGAUAAAACCAAGCGUAAGAAGAGGAGAGAACUCAGCGAGGACCAGAAACAUGAAAUCAAAGAGGCCUUCGAGCUGUUCGACACGGACAAAGACAAAGAGAUCGAUUAUCACGAGCUGAAGGUUGCGAUGCGUGCGCUCGGCUUCGAGGUGAAGAAAGUCGACGUCCUGAAGAUCCUGAAGGAUUAUGACAGGGAGGGAAACGGGAAAAUAACCUUCGAGGAUUUUAACGAAGUCGUGACCGACCGCAUCCUGGAGCGAGACCCGAAGGAGGAGAUCAUGAAGGCCUUCAAGCUGUUCGACGACGACGAGUCGGGGAAGAUCAGCCUGAGGAACCUAAGGAGAGUCGCCCGAGAACUCGGAGAGAACAUCAGCGACGAGGAGCUUCGCAGCAUGAUCGACGAGUUCGACACCGACGGAGACGGAGAAAUAAACCAGGAGGAGUUUAUCUCCAUCAUGACGGCAGACUCCUGAGGAGGAGGAGGAGGAGGAGGAGGAGGAGGAGGAGGAUCAUCUCCUUUCAUCUGCUCCUGAGGACUUUUCUUUUCUUUUUCUUCUUUUUCUCGUCCACAUCGUGAGGAUCUGAGCUUCCUGAGGUUUGUUCUAGAUUCAGAACGUCGGCCACGUUUCUGAACUCGAUCGCAGUCGAAGACGAAAACGUGGACGUAACCAGCGUCUGGGAGGUGAUUCCAGGCUUUAGCCGUAGCCUUUCUGGGGGGGGGGGGGUUUAAUGGCUCAUUACGAGUGGUUGUAUUUACAGUUUUCAUGUUUGUGCUAUUUAUUUUAUUUUUUACACAUUAAAUCGGUUCAUCAGGAA